AUGCGAUUCUUGUGGGUAUUGCUUCUACUGACGAUAACAGAUGGAGAACGAAUCGUAGAAUCUGAUAACACAAUAUUCUCCUGUCUCCUUGAUUGUCCACCGAGCUUCAAAACUAUCAACAAGGUUGAAUGUAAGUUCUAUUUGAGAAACAACGGUAAACAAGACUAUUCAGUGCUGAAAUGGCGCACACCGCUGGAUGGACUGAGAUCGAAUUGCUUGGCGGUCGAUACCAAUGGCAAGAAGCUACGAUACGAUGGUAUUUACACGAAGCGCUCCGCUCCAGGCCCUGACCAAUACUUGCUCGUCAAACCCGGACAAACAGUGUCGUCCACCUUUGACGUUUCAGAUGCGUACGACAUGACCAAAGCCGGCCUGUACUCUAUGGUAGUGGACACUUAUUUAGAAUAUGUUAUGGGUAGUGUAAUUAAAAAGCCAGUUAUCCAAUCUAACAUAGUUCAUUUGAAAUCUUCUUCUGUAAGUUACGAGAUAGUUGAUGGAAGUUUCAUGAAGCGAACCCUGGGCCAAAGAGCGCGUUCUCUUGAAAGAUCAAAUGAAAUUCACGAGGAAAGUCUUACCCGGGAGGGUUUGGACGUCGAAUUUGAUAGGAGAGGAGAAGAAUCUAACGAAAUUAAAUAUUCCAUACAGGGAGGAUCUAAAGCCUUGAGAGACGAAACAGAAGUGGCAAUUUUGGCUGCUAACACUAAAAUAAAGUCAGCGAUUCAAGAUAUCGAGAAUAAUCCCAAAAGAGCUAAAAUUUGGUUUGGAAAAACCGCUAUUGAUGCAAAAAACGUAUUCGUAGAUAUGAAAAGGAAAUUGGCACGGAAAGAAAUGAUAUAUAUCUUUAAUGGAAAGAAAUGCGAAAAAGAUAUGUUUGCGUACACUUACCUUGGCUCACGAAAAAUCUUUCUCUGCAAAGCGUUCAAUGAGGCAGAAACGUUAGUUGGGUUUGAUACCAAAGCGGGAAUAAUAAUACAUGAGCUGAGUCAUGCAUUAACUUACACAGACGACAUAACAUACGGUCAGCAUUCUUGUAAAAAACUUGCUAAAAAAAAAGCGAAAAAGGCUGUCAAAAAUGCUGAUAAUUACGAAUAUUAUGUUGAAAGUGCACCAAAUCUAUAG